CUUCGCACGGGAGCUGUCAGUGGAUCUCGAUAUAACGAAUUUGGUCGAGCAAAAGUAAGCGCGCUCCUCCCCGCGGGGAUGUUUUUACUGUGAAUAAAAAAAUUAGUUUGAAUAAAAAAUUAAAAAAAAAACAACAACAAAAAUUUUACAAAAUUUAUUUGUGUAUAACGGAAAUACUAGAAAGCGACAAAAUAUCACAGGAAGGCGGCAAAAGUGUGCGGAAAUGCGAAAAAUAUUUGUGAAAUUGAGUGCGUCUAACUGUUUGUGUGUUCGCGCUGUAUAACAGUAAAUGCUUUAACUGCCAAAUAAGUGUUGACGGAAACCAGGUGUGACAGUUGAUAUUUGAAAAUUUAAGCUUUGCCAGCACUGCAGUUUUGAUGUGAAAAUUAUGAAUAAUAAUUAAUAUUGCACUUACAUGUUCAUUGCAAGCAGUUGAAAAAAUAAUAAAUUAAAAAAAUAUUUAAAAAAAUUUUAAAAAAUUAUUAAAAAAAAUUAAAAUAUUUGCAUUAAAAAAAUAACAAAUAUUUAAUAAAAAAGUGCGAAGAGCUCAAUAUUUGUUUAAAAAGUGAAAACCAUCAAUAUGCACGUAUCUACAUGUAAUUAACAAAACUGCCGCCGGAAUUCGCUAAAAAGUCAACAUGUCGUAUACGUAACAUAUUUGUACAGCUGCUCAUCACUACAACAGAUACUAUGCAAGCAGAGGUCGCAUAAAGUUGGUUAGUUUUAGGUUUAACAAGUUCGUUGAGUGUUUAAAGGAUCCAUAUACAUAUAGAUAUGUAUGUACGAAGUAGGUGGUUCGACAAAUUUCGCUCGCAAAUAAUUUAAUUAAUACUACGAAAGGCAAAUAAAGAAAAUUGGUGCAAUAAAUUAAAAUUUACAAAAGCGACAAAAUACGAGCAACUAGAAAAACAACAACAACUGCAAUACACCAAAACUCACACCUACACACACAUUCGUAGCAAAAAACUGCUAAAACAACAAACGUUGAGCACUCUUGUAAAAAACAUGAGACUGUUAAGGCGAGUAAGCAACACGCAAACGACAAAGUAAAAAUAAUAAAAACAACAACACGAAAAAUUCAAAAAAGAACUGAAAAUGAACACUUAAACCGAAAAAUAAAGGAAUCAACGAAGCAGCGCCAAACGCCAACACAGAGAUAUGCAGCCAAUAUAACGGUAUAUUCAUAGUCGGUUUUUCGCGCGUUAAAAUAAUAUUUUAGUACAGUCUGCCGUAAAAAUAUAUACAUACAAAUGCAAUGAAAAUACAGUGGCGUUUGUAAGCGCAGCAAAAAAUAGAAAAUGUAAAUUUAUUUAAAAAAACGCGGUUGUAAAAUUGAGACAAUAAAUAACGAAAUACUAACCUAGAACAUUUUUAAAUUCCGCAGUAUUAUAUAUGUAUGUGUAUGUAUUUCAACCUAACCUCAAUAUAAGUUAGUUAUGUACAGUGCGUUUGAGUGUGUGUAAAUUUAAGUUACUUUGUGUCGACUUUAUUUAAUUAAAUAUAACAAAAACUACAACUCUUCUAAAACCAACGGCAGCGGAAAUAUAAAACAACAACAAUAGCAACAGAAAGCGCGGUAGUCGUUAUCACGCUCAUCGUCACAACCAACGUUCGCAGUCCUUAAAUCGCGGUCAAGCGCUUUCACAGGCAGAUGUAAGCGGAAUGUGGUGACAUCGGGGUGCCUCAGGUAAAGCUGCUGGAGGUCAGGGUGGUUGUGCCAGCUGCGCCAUGGGUAACAAGUUGAGCUGCUCCUGUGCGCCAUUGAUGCGCAAGGCGUACCGUUACGAGGACUCACCAUGGCAGACAUCACGUCGGCGUGACGGACAUUUAUUAAGUUCAUUCAGGUUGUGGGCUGAGGUAUUUCAUGUUUCGGCUAGCGGUGCCGGUACCGUUAAAUGGCAGCAAGUAUCUGAAGAUUUGGUUCCUGUUAAUAUAACCUGCAUCCAGGAUUCACCAGAAUGCGUAUUUCAUAUAACGGCAUACAAUAGUCAGGUGGACAAAAUAUUGGACGUACGACUUGUGCAGCCAGGCACACGCAUUGGUCAGGCAUCAGAAUGCUUUGUUUACUGGAAGGAUCCGAUGACCAAUGAUACAUGGGGUCUCAAUUUCACUUCACCCAUUGAUGCAAAGCAAUUCCGAGAAUGUUGUAAAAAUGCAAAACGAUUUAAAACAAUCGCACGCAUCCUUUACUACAACACCCUCUCCUAUCCCAUACAUCCUAUGCCCGAUGACGAGCCCUGAGGUUCGGCUGUUGCUGCCAGUCAGUCGCUCGAUUCGCUCAAUGUGUGUUGUCACACACACACCUAUUCUAAUCACAAUAAUUCCCUUCCGCUAUUUUGAAUACAAACAAGCAACCAAAAAGCACUGGCGGUUUUGUUAAAUAUAAUAUUACAUAAUAACAACAACAACUAACUAAAUGACAAAUUAAAAAGUUAACAUGUAACAGUACAUACUUAAAUAAAAUAUAAAUGAAUAAUUAAUUAUAAAAUUCUUUAAAAUGAAAAAGCUUAGCAUUCAAAGCUUUUGUUACAAUAAAUCAAAUCAACAGAACACCAAACAGCAAUUUCAACACCAACACAGUAACAACAAUUACAGUUAAACAUAAAAUAAGUAUCUAUUUUCUUGACAAAUAUGUAGGCACAUAUACAAGUUUAUGUAAAUAGGUCUAUGCAGUGCCGGAUAAACCUAGUAAAAGUACUUCGUUUUACUACCAAAAACUAUCUAGAUCCUAUAAAAGCUAAUAGGCUUUUUUCGGGACAUCAGAACUAGAAAAUGCUGUAGAUGGAAGCUUGCGAGCUUCUCCAAGUAUUUAUCAGCAUUAAAAAAACCGGAAAAAUCACUUCGGUUUUUCACACGAAAACUAACUAUGAUCGCAUAGAAGCUCGUAAGCUUUUUUCAGCACUAACUGAUUAAAAAAAAAAAGUCGUAAAAAUACUUCGUUUUCUAUGUCAAGUACUUUUUUAAUUACUAUAAUAACAAUCUUUCAAGUAUCCAUCAGGAUUAAAAAAAUAUCGUAAAAAUACUUCGUUUUCUAUAUUAAGGACUUUUGAAGAAAGCUUUCGAGCUUUCUUUCGGUAAAAACAGUUUUUUUGAGUAUCCAUCAGGAUUAAAGAAAAUAUGUGAAGGUACUUCGUUUUCUAAAUCAAGAACAUUUUAAGAACGUAUGAAAGCUUCCAAGCGUUUUUCUAGUAUGUCAAUUUCUCCAGUUUCCAACGGGAUUUGAAAAACAAUAAAAGCACCUCUUUUGCUCUACCGAAAAUUACGUAUACUUACGAUCGUAUGAAAAUUUUAGGAUAUUUUUGGUUUCAGUUUCUCCAAUAUCCAUUAGAUUUGUCAAUUAGCAAGCUCUAAAAAAAGCCUUAGAUAUCUCUUUGAGUUGGCAAUCGCAUCCCCAGGCGGUGAAUUACUAAACAAUGAGCAUUACUGAUGUAAACAGAGUACAAAUCAUAGCUGAGUAGUACAAAAAUCUCCGACCAAGUCGUCUGAAUGAUAACUUUAACAGAUCCAAAAAGAUUAUCUUUUAUAGCCGUUGAAUGCAUUGCGUCUUCAAACCAAUAGAAAUUACUUUACUCACUAACCCAAGAAGUCAAAUAUCACCAAGCUUGACCCGAAACAGUUUCAAUUCGACAAAGCUAGACUAAAUCUUUAACUCCUUACCAUUGCUGAAAAGGUUAGCGGGAAGUUGUCCACAAAGGCUUUUGUAUCCGAUUUCGAAAUUUGGCUCAAAAACGUCGGUUCUUCUUGGAACUUUUCAAGAGCCCAAAGAGCGAAGCGAUGUCGCUAGGGAAAGUCGAGAGGCGUCGCAAAACGCGCCACGUCGUUCCAUACGUCAGUCCGAGUAACUGUGAACGGCGUCGAAUCGACUCUCCGCGGUCUUCGCGUACACUCUCAGCUUCGGCUGCUCUAUUUUCUUCACUGUGUGCUAAACGUGGUCCAUUCGGUCGAAUAUUAUUCAAUAAUGAAUGCUGGGUCUCAAGAUGGGUGAUGGUGUUGCGAAUAUUAUGGGCAGUAGGCCGAUAAUGUUGACCAUAAGCAAAAUGAGCAAAGCGCGCGAAACACAUUUUCUGGAGAACGUGAAUUUUUCAUAUAAAAGUUGAGCGAUUUGUAAACGUUGUUCCGGCGUUAGUCUUCCCAUUAUGAAAUACCAAACAAAACUAAACAAAAUUAACACGAUAGCUUGACACGACUCAUGAUUGAAAAAAGUACGCCUACUUGGAUCACCCCCUAAAUACAUAUUACCAAAUAAGUCUUUCUCUCGAACAAAUAUCCAUGAAUGACUAAAAAUAAUAAUUAUUGCUCUUACUGUGGUUAAUCCGGCACUGCACAUAUAAAUUUCAGACUUUUCUAAAAGAUAUUUCUCCAAAAAAUCAACAUAUGAAUUAGGGCAAAAGUUACUACUUACAAAAAUAAUAACUCAUAGCCAUACAUACAUAUAUAUAAAUACUUAUAGUAGUCAUGAGUUUCAAUAUAUACAUUCUACAUAUAAACAUAGGCUAACUAAAAUGCAAGAGAACAGAUUUUUAAGAAAAAGCUAGAGAAAAGAAGCGUUAGGAAAAAUAAGAGAGUAACUCCGAAACAUUCAGGAAUGAAAGCAAAGUUAACAUAACAUGAAACAGAAAAGCAUACAUAUAUUUUUGUAAAAGAAAUUUAAGAACGAAACUAUUUAUUUUUAGAUCAAAAAUCACAGAAAAUUUAAAAAUUCAAAAUAUUAAAAUAAUAAAUCAUAUACUAAUAUAUAAAAAAAUAUAUUUUCAUAAGCGGUUGGUUGAGGUUAGGAUAAAGUGAAAUAUUGCUUAAAGCAUGAACUUCAAAAAUGAAAAUCUGUACUAUUUGGUUAGUAUAUAGAUGAGAUAAUAGAUCAAAAAUAUAAGCUUCCAAAAAUAGUCACAUAGGUGGGUUGUAGAUAAAUGUAACUAAAUAUUUUCUGAAUCAACUUAACAACAGUAAACAAUAACUAACAAAGUUACUGCAGAGAAAAAGGUGCUUCCUUAAACAUAUAGUACAUAGGUAGGUUAUGUGAAAAGGUUAUUUGUGAAAUAGGUCUGGUGUUGUAUGUUUUCUAUUAUGACAGGAUUAAUUGCUUGGAAUCAUCAAUCUUCACAUUGUAAGUGUAAAUCAAAAGUACAUCAUAUUCCAAUAUUGAAGUAAAAAUGUAUUAACUGGCCGCCCUAACGAUGUUUGAGAUUUUCUCUUGAUCCCUUUUGACCAUUUUGUUCGCGUAGAGAUAUACUUAAGUUAAAGCAUUGAGUUUCAGCAUACUUUUUGGCUGAUAUAAUAUAUUUUAUUCUCAUACAAUUUUAUAUCAAGAAUCCUUUGGCUGGUAUUUGGUUAGAAAAAAGCUGUGAAGCUCAUAUGGUUUUAAUGAAAACCUCAUAUCUUUUGACAGAAGUAAAUGUCAUAUUCCACUUUACUUGCUUUAAAGAUGAGGCCUGAUUAGCUGACGAUUUGACCGCCAAUAAAAUUGCACAUUUGUGCAUAAGAAAUUUUAUUAAAAGCUUGUUAGCGCAAUUAUUUCCAAGACGUUUAUCAUCUUCAUUUUUCAUAGUAUUUUCUGUAAAUUUUUUUGUAUCAAAGAUAAAACAUUCCAUAUUUCGAAUAUGUGAUUGAUUUUUACCAACUUGCAAAACUUCAAAAUUUGUAUUAAAAAUCGAUUUUGUCACUGUACAGUCGAUGCCCCUUCCCAAAUGGUCUUAUGUAAGACAGUAUCUAAAAAUCCAAAAGGGGAAACGUUUCAGCCCGAAUGUAGAAUAAUUAUCAUUUUCGAAGGCCUUUAUCACCUUUCUUGAAGUGUCUUCCAAAAUUUUCAUUUUCUAAGGUCUUUAUCACCAUUUUUGAAAUAUUUUCAAAAUUGUUUGUUGAAAGUUGAAACAGUUCAGAUUUCAAAUAACAUUGAUUUUGAAGAUUAAAAAAAUAUCUUAAAGAUCUAUAUAUAUAUUUUUUCAAACCUAUAAAAUCAAAAAAAUAUUUUAAAGAUCGAUAUAAGUCUACAAGCAUUCGACAACCCUGCCUCAGUUCUACUUCGAAAGGUCAGAUAAACUUAAUUAAACAGUAAAAUAGAUAUUGUGAAUGUAACAGAAAUGGAAAAUGCGUAUAAUUUACUCGCUGAGGCAUUUCAGCUUGCAUGUAGGCAACAGCAAAGGUUAGAAUUAAUAAAAAUGGCUUAUCAAUGAAGUUUUAGCUAUCUAUUUCAUACUUAAAUAUGCAAUAAAUUACUAGGUCUGCUUAGAAACAUCGAUGUUGUUAUAAAUAUAUAUAAGAAUAUUAAAUUUAAGGGCAUUGUAAAAAAUUACUUUGCAGCCCAAAUGUAGGCAACAGCAAAAAAUUAAUCGUUGAAAAUAGAUAUGUAUAGCAACGAGGUUAGAUUAGUUAAAUGAAUUUAGAAUACUAAUUUAGUUAUAAAACAAUGCAAUUAUUUGAAAAAGAAAAGCAAACACAAAAAGAAAAAAUAAUUCGUGAGGUUUUGAAUAAAUUGGAAAGAAGGUAGUUAUUAGGAAAUAAUUAUUUUUGAGUGAGUUAUAAAAAGUUAGUGCAGUGCAAAGUUUAUAUUUGGUAUAUAACAAUCAUAA